CACACUUCACUCACAAACCUCACACACAACCCGCAAACCUACUGCACCUACAACCGUCUCAACAGCAAAACUCUAUACCUCAAACAACCGCCACAAUGCCGUCUUCAUUCCAAUCCCAAACCUUCUCCUACACCAGCAGCUCCAUCAACGGGCAAACCACAUCGCACACACAGUCAACAUUCAGCGACAACAGCGGCACACGUGUGCACCAGACAAGCCAAGAGCCCGGCCAAGCGCCACGCGAGGAGCACUUUGAGAUCGACAGCGCGGGGAGGCGCAUUGCUGAGGGCACAAGUGGAAACAGUCAAGGCAGGAUCACAGACGUGACGGACGAACAGCAGAAGGAAAAUGAUAGGCUCUAUGAGGAGAGGAUCGAGGAGGAGUAUGCUAAGCGUGAGGGCGGUGCUUAGAAGAUGAGGAAGGGUACGCGCUGGACUGAGAGCAAGGAGAAGAUUGGUUGAGAACUGUGCAGGGUGAUGCAAUGCAUGUGAACUGGCGUUUGGAUGAUAAUCUACACUCACAAAUGCAACCAAAACUUCCGGCACGCUCAUGGCCUUCCCUCCCACGCUUUCGUGAGGUACUCUUCCGCACUCAGAAACUUGUAAUCG